AUGGAGAAACCAUGCCACUAUGAGAUUGUUGGGGAACUCGGCCGAGGGAGUUAUGGGACUGUGUACGAAGCAAGACAUUGCAAGAGCCGGGUUAAAGUCGCCUUGAAAAAAGUGCUGUGUAACUCUCCCGAAUCUUCGGAACUGGCUCUGCAGGAGUUCUGGGCGCUGAGCAGGGUGAAGCAGAGGCACCAGAACGUGAUCUCACUCCAUGAGUGCAUCCUGCAAAAGGAGCAGGUCAUCCAGAAGAUCAGGAAGGAACCUCCGGAAUCAGACAACCACUUGCUCCUCAUCGAGACUUGCCUUAAGGGGAAGUGUUGCUUCGACCCUGGAACCACCCCCCUCUUGUGGUUUGUGAUGGAGUUCUGUGAUGGGGGCAAUAUGAAUGACUACUUGCUGAGCAGAGACACUGACCGAAGGCUGAACAGUCACUUCAUACAGCAGCUCGCCGCUGCUGUGGUGUUCCUGCAUCUCAAUCAGAUCAUUCAUAGAGACCUCAAACCAGACAAUGUCCUCAUUGUUAACACUCCAACCGGACCCCUCUUAAAGGUGGCUGAUUUUGGCUUGAGUAAAUUGUGCCAGAAUAAAGGCAGUGUGAAUCAACGGCAAAUGUCAACAGCAUGCGGCUCUGAUUUCUACAUGGCACCAGAACUCUGGGAGGGGCAGUACUCUGCUAAAGUUGACAUCUUUGCCCUUGGGAUCAUGUUCUGGGCCAUAAUUGAGAGAAUCACGUUUCGAGAUGCUGAAGUCAAGAAGGAGCUGCUGGGUAUAUAUCUUUCUCAGGGGCAUGAAUUGAUCCCUGUGGGAAAGGCAUUAGUGGAAAACCCCAGCCUGCAGCUUCCAAUUCCUUUGAAUAGUAAAAGGACUAUGAAUAAAGAUAUCAAGAAACUUCUAAGGGACAUGCUGGCAUUUAACCCACAAGAACGACCAGAUGCCUUCAGCCUACAGGAACAAUUACUAGCGGUGUUCUGCAAGGAUCUGUUU